CGUGUCUGUAUAGCAUAUUGCUUGCAUCACAAUUUGUAUUAAGCUAUCAGAACUGCAGCAACUAUCUUUGCAUUUGUUGACAUUUGAUGUCAAUACGACAACUUUAAAUAGCAACUUGUUGGAAACUUUGAAUCAUCAUGUUAUCAUCAAAAUUCUUGCUAUUACCAUAAUGACUACAGAAUCAUACAAUGCUGCUAUUUUGCCGAGAUAACUUUGAUGCUACUUACCGUUAAAUUAUUGGCAAUAGGUAUAUUGUUGUCUACGUGUCGCUUCGAAAUUGAAGACAAAUAUAUGGCAAGUUGUCAGCCUUAUAAGUAGUCACAGAUUUGCAUGAUUUUGCUGAGACACGUUUUGUUAUCUGGGAAAGUCUCACAUGCUGUAAAAUAUCACAUACAUAUAUUGUAAAAUCGACAAGUGUCCAUUUUAAUUACAUAAAUGUACGAACAGCUAAAUUACAUAUAUUUAAAGUUUUUAAUUAAAUUUAAUUUAAAAAUUAAAAAUAGCGCCAUUUAGCAAAAACAUAACUUUUACGUUUAUUUAAAUUCAUAAUUUUGUCUAGAUUUCAAAAUUUUCACAGUAUGAUGUGAUCAUAUUACUUUAUUAUAACAAUUAUAAUAACAUUUCCUUAAAUAAGUUUUCCCAGUUUAUUACAAAGUAUUACAUUUUCUUCUAUUUUUACAGUCAAAAAAUUUGUCUUUAUAUUUAAAUAGAAGUAAAGAAAAACUUCUCUCGCGCAUUAGAAAUACAUUAUUUUAAUACAUUGUUAGCAAGAAUUAUUUCUGAAUAAACUAAGAUGUUUUCUGGCUAUACUAGAUUGCAGCAAUCAUAGAAAUGCAGAUACUCGCUCUCAAUUUUUUAUUCUACACAAUCGGUGGUGUAUGGCGACCGAUCAAAUGGUCUUCGAAAUGCUCGAUAUGCUCGUACAGCGUACUUAACUUCUUUUCGCUGUAUCUGUUGACCUUUUUUGUGCUUACUCAAUUGAUCGAUACCAUCUUUAUUGUUGACAAUAUAGAUGACUUUACUACGAAUUUGUCAUUACUUCUUUCGGCUAUUGCCGUAUACUGUAAAGCAGUUACUGCCACAGCUCGCCGUAGUGAAUUCAUCAGCUUGAUCAAAAUGUUGCAAGAGAAACCAUGCAAAGCCUGCAACGAAGAAGAGAUUAAUAUUCAAAUGAAAUAUGAUCGUUUAAUUAGGUCAUACACCAUGAGUUAUUCGAUUUUGGCAUCGUUUUCUCUCACUGGUAUUACGAUAGGAGAAGUGCUCAUUGCUUUACAAGGUGAAUUGCCUAUUAGAGCAUGGAUACCAUACGAUUAUACUUCAACUUUUCUAUUCUGGCUUACAUCCCUUAAAUUAAUAGUAGCUAUGGCUCUUUCUACAUUCGUAAACGUCGCUACGGAAACCGUGAUAUUAGGAUUUUGUCUACAAAUAUGCGCACAAUUUGACAUUCUUAUAUGUCGUCUUCGGAAAGUAAUCGAGUCUGAUGAAAAACAAGAAAAUGAAUUAAACAGCGCUACAAAUAAAACCAGCAGAUUAUCAGAAAAUAUCCAUUAUCAUUUAUAUAUAAUUAGAUUUGCCAAAAUGGUCAAUAAGGUAUUUAGCCAAAUAGUUUUUAUACAAUUUUUUGUCAGCAUAUUAGUGUUGUGUACAAGUGUAUACUAUUUAUCUUCUCAUAAAACAGUUACAGACUUUAUAAAGUUAGGUAUUUAUACAUCUUGCAUGUUUGUGCAAAUUUUUAUGUAUUGUUGGGCAGGAAACGAAAUUAUACUUAAGAGUAUUGGUUUGAGUGAAGCGGUGUAUAAAAUGGAGUGGAUAUUACUGACAAUUAGCGAACGAAAAGAUUUACUGAUGAUUAUGAUGCGUAGUACAAAACCUAUAAAAUUUACCAGUAGCUUCUUGGUAACGUUAUCGUUGGAAUCUUAUGCUACAGUCAGUACUAAGAUGAAUGUUAUCUUUGAAGUAUUAUUUAAUAUGGCGUAUAACUACAUUAUUUUCUUUAUUUUCUAGAUCCUUAAGGCAUCUUAUUCUGCAUUUAAUAUUUUACAAUAAUCUUAACAUAAAAACGACAGAAACUUAAACUUUGACAAUAGCACGAUGCAUGUUACCAUUAUAAUGAACCACAUAUUAUAUGGACCACAAAUAAACUUUUAUCAGAAUAUAAAAUUAUUAUCUAACAAUAUUAUCUCAUAUUAUUAUCUAACAUAUGUAUAUUAAUAUGUUAAUAAAUUCCAUAAUAAUUGAAAA